AUGCUUUCAACAUCCUUUUUACGGUGUGCGCGCACCUUUUGGUCUCCAGGUCUUAGAAGAGGCUUUCAAACGACGUGUUUAGCGGGCAAAGAGGAAAAGUCAUCGUUGUUCGGAUCAAUAACUAAAGGUGCAGAAGACCAAGCAGAUGACCCUCAAAAAAUCUCUAAUAGGCUGACAGCGGUUUCCAAUGCCGCUGAUGCAGAGGGUACAGAUUCCAAGAAAACUGUUACAGUGGCUAACGACACUCUUUUGCAUUCUUUCAUUAAAAAGUCCCAACCUUGCGUGUCGGCGCCGGACCUACUUCUGACGCCUCUCAAGAAGCGUCUGUAUGAGGAAAACUGCAGAAUCAACGGUGGGUUUUACAAGAAGGACUCGGUUGUAACUUUGACGGAGGAAAACGGACAAAAACUGAAGUACAAGCUCAAUUUGAGCCGCGAGGAAGUGGAAGCUUUGGAACCCAGUGUGUAUGUCAAAUCGUACCGUAUCAAGUCUUCCAUGAAAAAAGCUACACAACUGCUACGAUUGCUAGGAGGGCUCGAUGUCAAAGUCGCCCUUACUCAGUGUCAUUUCUCCGACAAGAAAAUCGCCCGUGACGUGGCCGAAGUGCUCACACGAGGAAUCCAAGAUGCCGAGAAACUGGGUCUUCAACCUGACAACCUGUACAUUGCCCAAUUGUGGACCGGUAGUGAUGGGUACUGGCAAAAAAGAAUCGACAUCAAGGCUAGAGGAAGAAAUGGUGUCAUUUCACACCCUUACGUUCACGUUAGAUGCAUCUUGAAGACAAAGGAUGUUACCAAGCGGCGGAUCGCGUAUGAACGACAAGUGAAACAGGAGAGAAGAAAGCCUUGGGUCCAGCUCAGAGAUCAGCCCGUAAGAGGCUUCAUGGGAGGUGUUUACAAAUGGUAA